AUGGCGCAGACGUUUGACGAGAAAAUCCCCUUCUCCAAGGACGGCCUCGAGUUCGCUGGUCUGUUCAAGCGCGGCCAGGCAGACAAGCCCUUGGUCGUCCUCCUCCACGGCGGCGGGACGUCGGCGGCGUAUUUCGACAACUCGUGCCAUUCCGUCGCGAAAGGCUUCAGCGACCUCGGAUACAAUGUCCUGAACAUCAACCGCCCCAGCUAUGGUGGCACGCCCACCCCCGCGACUACCACCCCCCUGGCCGACUCGCUGCUGGGCCUCAUCGAUCUGAUCGACCUCGUCUACCGCGAGAAGACUGGCGGACAGCAAGGCAUCGUGCUGAUCGGCCACUCGCUAGGCGGCGCCCUCUCGCUGGUCAUCGCUGCCGAAGCAGGCGCUCGACUGCCGGUUCUGGGCGUCAGCACCCUGGGCACGCUGCCCUCGACAGAGCGUCUGAAUCUCAUCCCAGAGCCUGAUCCUGACCCAGCAAACCCUCGUUUCGUCUUUAGCCAGUCGGCAGAGAACUUGACGCGCUUCCUCGGCAACCUCGAGUCUGUCAACGUGGACGCGUUGAGCGGCGAACUCGCCGCAGCCGUCUUCGAGCCAGGUCUCAAAUCGGAAAUCCGUGAGUACGAAAGCCGGAACUACUAUGAUUAUCUCCUGAACAAGGUCUUCCCCAGUAUCAAGGUCCCCGUCCAGUUCCUCGCCGCUGAGACCGAGCUUAUCUGGAGUAAUAUCACCGAGGCACAGCCCAAAUUCGACAAUCUGGUCAAGCGGUUCACCAGUGCGCCUGAAGUCGAGGCCAAGUUGCUGCCCGGCGGCGGCCAUAACUACGAGUUCUCCAUCAACGCGUCCAAACUGUUCGACUUGCGGAGGCAGUUUGUCGAGCGAGUGGCAAAUCGUGGCCGCCCCUCUGACGCCUUCACGUCCAUCCCGAUUCUAGACUAUUCGCAAGCCACUAACCCCUCGACGAGACCCGCGUUUCUUGCAGCCCUGCGCGAUGCCAUCGUCCGCGUCGGCUUCUUCUACCUGAAAAACGCCUCCAUUCCGCCGGACGUCCAGGACGCGCUGGUGGAGCAGUCGAUCGCGCUGUUCAAUCUGCCCUUGGAGAAGAAGCUGGAGAUCGAGAUGGUCAACAGCAAGCACUUCCUGGGGUAUGCCAGACUGGGGGCCGAAGUGACGGCGCUGAAGUCGGACUACCGCGAGCAGUUUGACUUUGCGACGGAGCUUCCGCCCCCGGGGCCUGAUGAGCCGGUGUAUCGCAAUCUGCGGGGUCCGAAUCAGUGGCCGGACCCCGAAGCUCUCCCUGGCUUCCGCCCCGCCGUCGAAGCGUAUCUCUCUGCAGUCGACGCCCUCGCUGAAUCGUUCAAGAGCCUCGUCGCCGAAGCACUGGACCUCCCCCCAACGGCCUUUGACCAGUUCUUCGAGUAUCCGCAGCAGCACAAGCUCAAGCUGAUCAAAUACCCGGAGCCGCAGUCGGACGACCAGACGCAGGGCGUUGGCCCACACAAGGAUUCGUGUUUCCUCACCUUCCUCCUGCAGGGCACGCCGCAUACGGGGCUCGAGGUCCAGAACAAGGCCGGUGUCUGGCUGCCCGUGACGCCUAUCCCGGGCACGCUGGUGAUCAACAUUGGCCGCGCGCUCGAGGCGCUGACUGGCGGCGUCUGCACGGCGACGACGCACCGCGUGAGCCUGAAGAAGGAGAACUACGUCGACGCCAACGGCAACUCGCUGGGCCCGCGGUACUCGUUCGCCGUCUUCCAGGGAGUCAGUCUGGACCUGUCCGCCGAGAAGCUGAAGCUGGACAUCCCACCGCACAUCCGCGACCUGGUCAAGGACGACAAGGUGAGGUCCGACGCCGAGGCCACGUUCAACAAGAUGUUCCAGGGCAACAUCGGCGAGGGCACGUUCAUCGCGCGCAUCACGAGCCAUCAGGAUGUCGCGCAGCGGUGGUAUCCGGAUCUGUUGGCCGAGGCGCUGCGGAAGCAGCAGGAGUUUAAAAGCAAGAACAAUUAA